AAAAGACGUCGUCCAGCCCCUUCUCAGGAUCUUCGACAAGACUACUUGUUGAUAUCGAUUCACCCAUCCCUCCGAACUGUUCCAGGACUUCUGAACGGUGCCUGACCGACCAGACGAGAUAUCUACGUGCGUGCAGCAGACCCUUGUGGCGAUUUUCGGCCGUCCACUGUUGGCCCCAAAGACACACCAAGGCCGAGGCUAGUAUGAGUUCCUCCUGACACAUUAACUUCCCCGACGGAGUUGGAACAGUCUACCGGCAGAGUCAUCUCGUAAUACCAACGCCAGAGGUCUGUAAAUCUUCCAAAUAAACGGCGAUAUGUCAUCAGGCCAAGGAGAUGCAAAACUGUUCGCACGGGGCAAGGUUGCCGAGUUACGGCAGGAACUCGUUAAUCCCACCAAGAAGGACAAGAAUCAUAAUGCAAGGAAAAACGCCCUCAAGAAGAUCGUCGCCAAUAUGACCAUGAGCAACAAUGAUAUGAUCGCUCUUUUCCCCGACAUCAUUGCCUGUAUGCAAAUACCGAACUUGGAAAUCAAGAAAAUGUCAUUUUUAUACUUGCAGCAUUAUGCCCGCAUGAAGCCAGAUAUUGCUCUCCGGGCCUUGCCGGUCUUGCAGCAGGAUAUGGACGACCCGAAUCCUCUGAUAAGGGCUCUUGCGUUGCGCACUGUGUCUUACGUCCACGUCCGCGAAUUUGUCGAGGGCACUCUCACCCCUCUCAAGAGGUUGAUGUCAGAUCAAGAUCCUUAUGUCAGAAAGACAGCUGCCAUCACAGUAGCCAAAGUCUACGACCAUGACAAGCGACUGAUUGAGGGAUCAGAUCUGAUUGACCGGCUCAACCGUAUGCUCAAGGAUGACAAUCCCACGGUUGUUGCUAGCGCUCUCUCUGCCCUGCAGGACAUCUGGGAAAGAAGUGACAACAUCAAACUCACCAUCGACUAUGCCAGCGCAUCAAAGAUUGUCUCAAUCCUCCCAGAUUGCAAUGAAUGGUCUCAGACCUAUGUCCUGGAGGCUUUAAUGUCUUACCUUCCACAAGAUUCGGGCGAUGCGCUGUUGCUCGCGGAAAGAAUCGCCUCACGGCUCUCCCACUCGAAUUCGGCCGUGGUGCUAACGUGUAUCCGUGUCAUAAUGUAUCUCAUGAACUACAUUUCGGAUCAGAGAAAGAUUGACGAGCUCUGCCGCAAGCUGUCGCCCCCUGUGGUCACACUCCUUGCAAAACCUCCCGAGAUUCAGUACUUGGCGCUCAGAAACGCAAUUCUCAUCCUCCAGCAGAGACCCGAAGUAUUGCAGAAUGAUAUUCGAGUUUUCUUCUGCAAGUACAACGACCCCAUCUAUGUCAAAGUCACCAAGCUGGAACUGAUAUUCAUGCUUGCCAACAAAUCCAACAUUUCUGUGGUGCUGAAUGAGCUGAAGGAAUAUGCCACGGAGAUUGACGUCCAAUUUGUACGCAAGGCAGUGCGAGCAAUUGGCAAAUUGGCCAUCAAAAUCGAGCCCGCGGCGCGACAGUGCAUUGACGCCCUCUUGGACUUGGUCAACGCCAAAAUCCCCUACAUUGUUCAAGAGGCGACGGUGGUUAUCAAGAACAUCUUUCGAAAAUACCCCAACCAAUACGAGUCCGUUAUUUCUACUGUCAUCGGCCAGAUUGACGAACUCGAUGAACCAGAAGCCAAAGCUGCCAUUAUCUGGAUCAUUGGAGAAUAUGCCGAUCGUAUCGACAACGCUGACUCGCUUCUCCAAGACUAUCUGUCAACAUUCCACGACGAGCCAAACGAAGUACAGCUUGCUCUUCUGACGGCGACAGUGAAGCUAUUCCUUCACCGACCAACUAAGGGAGCCUCAAUCGUGCCCCAGGUGUUGAAAUGGUGCACAGAAGAAACAGACGAUCCGGAUCUACGGGACCGAGGUUACAUGUACUGGCGUCUUCUCUCAGCAGACCCUGUUGCCGCGAAAAAGGUAGUCAUGGGACUGAAACCACCCAUUUCAGCCGAAAGCGAGAAGCUUGACCCUAUCACAUUAGAAGAGUUGUGCUUGGGAAUCGGUACAUUAGCAACCAUCUACCUGAAGCCAGUACAGCAAGUCUUCCGCGCAGCUCGUCCCCGACGACUACAAGACUCACCAGCUCUCCAACGCAAGAAGGAAGACCUCAACAAUGUUCUGGGAUCACCUCUCAAUCUCACCAAGCCUUUUCUCUUGGGCCCAACAACUCCUGGUGGGACGCCCGUGGGUGGACACCAGGCGGCCAUUAAUGCUGCAGAUGACUACUUUAAAAAUCUCAGUCUGAGCGAGAACAGUGGCGGUGAUCUAGUAACAAGUCCAAGUGAGGGUCUGGCUGGGAACUCGUAUGUUGUGAACCAAAGUGCACCACAACAGGUGAUGCACCCGCAGGCUGGAGUUGGAAACAACAGUGACCUCUUAUUGUGAUUGAGAUGCUAGAUGGCGUGAAAUCAGGUAGCGACUCAAUGUAAUGGUUUCGGCGAUUUAAACGUUCCAGAAUAUACUCAUAUUGGAAAUUGUGAUAGUGAGGGUUCAG